AUGUCAAAGCAUCUCAUCUUCCUCGAGCUCAAACCUCUCCGACGAUGCAUGCAGCCCGAGGGAGCUUCGAAGAUGGAGGAGGAUACGCCGCAGCUGCAAGUCAUGCUGGACGUCUCUCGCUGGCGAGGAAGCGUUCCCUUCGAGGUAGAGGCGACGCUGUUGCGACCGGAGGCGGAAGCUUGGUUCCAAGGGCUCUGCGGCAAGUCGCUCAGGCACGGCGAUGCGCUGGUGUACUGCUUCGAUGCCUGCAUGCUCAGCGCUAAGCCGCAUCCCGUGUACAUUCAAAGCAUGAUCGAGCUGAUGAGGAACGAGAGCGUUGGGGUCAAGAGGGUUGCCGAGAGCCUAGAGAUGUCCGAGGACGCGGUCGCACAGCUCUCGAAGCUGUCAGACAAGACGCUGCGACAGCAGGCAGCGAGAAUCUCUAGGCUGCUCCAAGGAAGGAAUGCGCAGGCGAGCAGGCUUCGCCCGUGCAAGAUUGACAAGGAGCUCCUGGAUGCGCUGGAGCAGGCGAGUAAGACUCAAGCGAAAUUUCAUAUGAAGCGAAUUGAGACUACCGGGGACUUCGACGUCGUGAUCACCAUCCCUUCCCAGAGCGAGGAGAGCGAGCAGAAGCGGCGAGACGCGUAUGCGCAUGGCAAGAAGGCACCACAGGUGCGUUGGAUGCUGCAGAGGUUGAACGAGCUGUUCGGUGGCAGAGCAAAGAGCUCUUGGUUCGCCGGGGAGGUGCCGGCACACCAAGACGGGAACAUCGCCUGGGAGGACGGGAACGGCUGGACAGUCGUGGACGUUGGAGGAGGGCGCGGGGAUCUGACAGUGAACAUUGCCAAGUACAUGUCCAAGUUGAAGGUGGAGAUGCUGGAGGUCAACUUGCCAUCCCUGGAAGCAGCGAGGACGGUGGCAACGGAAGUCAAGGAUGCGGAGGGGAGGGAGAUCGCGGAGAGGAUCCGCUUCCGCGAGGAGAACGUGACGGAGCUGCUGGCGAGACGUGGGAUCGUAGAGGGGGGAGGGGAGAAGGAGCGCCUGGUACUUGUAGGACUCCAUGCCUGUGGAGGCCUGACGGACGCCAUCCUCUCGUUGGCAAGGAGGGAAAAGGCUCCGUUCCUGUGCUGCCCGUGUUGCUUCCUGAAGCACUUUCACCUCCGAGAGCUGGCUCACAAUGCAGGGCAGUCGGAACAAGAGAGCAACAUGCUACGAGAGGAGGAGAGAGGAGAAAGUAGACCCGGGGAGGAGGCAGCUGGGAGCAAAGGGGAUACGAGCUGCGACGAGUGGGAGGAGAGGUGA